AUGCGUGCCGGCAGGCGGCGCAUGCGCAUGCCGGGCCCCGCCCGGGGGAGCGGUACCGCGGAGCCCCAGCAGGAGGCGGUGCCCGAGGCCGCUGCCGCCCGCGCGCCCUAUCGCGCCCUAUCGCGCCCUAUCGAGGCCUGUGGCGGGGCGGGCGCGGUGCCGGUGGCCGGGACAUGGCGUCGCGGGGGGGAGGUCGGUCUCGGAAUCGGAGUCCUCCUGGUACGGCGGGGAGCAGGGUGCGGCUCAGCAGCGGCCGAGCCGGGCCAGGCCGGGCCUGCGGCCUCGGCGGGGCCGCGGUUGAAGCGGCCGGAACCAGCCCCUUCCCCCGCCAGCAGGAAGGAAAAGACUUUUGAACAACCCUGUUCAACAGCUGUAGAAGAGCCUGAGCCUGAGCCUGAGCCUGAGCCUGAGCUUGUUCCAUAUAUUCUGCAAGGAGAGGACAUCCAGGCACUUGAAAUUAAGGCGGAGGACCUGGAGAAACUUCAUCCUCCACGCCUUGCACGUGAUGCUGGGAGAAUUCCAGUUCGGAAGAAUUACCUUGUCCGAAAAUACCGACCCAAGGAAGUGGCACAUCUCGUAGCACAUCCUGUUCCCCCCAAGGCACCCAGGGGACCACUGACUUUUCCUGGAUCAAGACAGUUUGAUGAUGGCUGUGAAGAGAUCCUCCCUCAUCAUAUUUUGGGAAGUCUUCAGGAGUUAAGGAUGGAAGCCUUGGCCAAAAGAAACACUCAGCUAGCAGAUGCUAUUAAGGUUCCUCAUCCAGAUGUUACUGCAGCAGCUUUAGAAGAGGAACAUGGAGGAGAGGAGAAAGCAAAGGCACAUCAGGCCCAACUAGCAGAGAACAAAGCUUUCCAGAACUGGAGCCAUCAUAUGGCAAUGAGGAAAAAGCAGGAGAAACACCUAGGAGAAAUUCUUCACAAGCCAGAGAAUGAAUUGCUGAUGAACAUGUCAGACAAUUACAGACAAAUCCAGGAAGAACGUGACCUCAUUGACCGGAGUCUCCCUGCCCUAUUUCCUGGAAAGGGAUACCGAGUGGGAAGCGAGUUCUGGAGCCUUCCUGAGCAAAUAGGGGAUGAACUCACCGGGCUGACUCUGACCCUGACCCGGACAGAAUGUGGGCACCCAGAACCACUCACUCAUGUGGGGAAACCCCGAACUGUCCAGAGGGAAACAGGUCUGAAGCCUCCGAAGAAGAUUCCUUGCCACCUAAACUGGGAUAAGAGUCUUUUCCUGAAACAUCGACGGCAGGAGCUAAAAUCUCUCCUAGAGGAGCUGGGCUUUUAUAAGCCGGAUCUGGAAGGACUGGAGGUGAUUGGGAAAGGGCAGCCUUUCACGUCUGUCUCAACUAAAGCUUUUCUACAUACCGCCAUUUCUGAAGAGAUUGAGAUCCUUGACCCCUUAGGUGACUCCUUCACUGAGGUUCCAGAAGCUGAAAAGGUUCCAUCUUUAGUUUUCUGUGGCGAGCCUGCUCGUUGGAUCAAGGGCAUCACUGCUUGCAGGAAGGAAAUUGGUAUUGCUGCCCGCCUCACCUUUGAGACUCUGGCUAGUGAGAAGGCUGAAAGCUUCCUGACAGUGACCAAUGAUGGCAGAGCUUCCAUUUGGUACAACUGGAUGAGGCUUCCCCAGCAGAUCCCCUCCAGAGAAACCAAGGGGAGGAGAGUGCCCUGCUUUUACUUUGAUACCAGACCAGGUGUAAUUUUGCCUGGAGAAACUCGGAGGUUUUCUUUUAUUUUCAAGUCAGAGAGAGCAGGCAUUUUCAGCGAGCCCUGGGAAUUUAGGACACAUCCCCUGUUAUUAGGAGGAGCUCUGCUUCAGGUGACCCUUUGGGGAAUUGCUGUGUAUGAGGAUAAAUUGGCUGACUUCAGAGAGAAAUUGGAGAGUGAGCUGGCUGCUCGAGAAGGUGCUUCUAUAGUGAAAGAAAGCCUGAAUGAACUUCUUAAGCCAAUUCGGACACCCGAACGCACCCCAUCUCCUGUGGAUGCCUGUGUCACAGAGGAAGAGCUGUUCCACAGGAAAAAUCCCAAGUUGCAUUAUCAGCAUCAAGUGGUAAAGCAGCUGCAUAAACUAUGGAGACAGCACCUGACUGUGCCUUCAGUCUUGGAGGAGGAAGUGCCCUUGGACCAGAGGAGCACUGCAGAGGACAUGGAGUAUCAGGAGAGCACCUUGGAGCCUUCCUCUGUGCGGAGCAGCACCACUGAGCUCCCAUGUGGGAAGCACACAUUAGAGGAUGCUCCAAGGGAAAAGAGCACUGAGGAGGAAGAAGCAGGUCCUUCAGGAUGGAACCUUUCCCUCGAGGACUUUAAACAGGCUAUAAUGUCAAUCUCCGGGGAGGAGCAGCAGGAAGAAGCACUGACCCAGCUCAAUAAGGCUGCUCUGGAGCUUUGUGUUGAACAGAGACCAACUCAGUUAGACCUUCUGUAUCCACUCUGCCUCCAGCUGUGGCGUGGAGCAAUUGAUGACUUGGUGAAUCACUCUCUGAGGCUGAGAUCCGUGCUUGGUUUGAUUAAGAAGGACGUCUAUGCAGAAGCUGUUUCAGAGGAAACAGAGGAAGUAAAGCAAGGAGGAGCAAAAAAAGGAGGAAAGGAAGACAAAAUAGCUACUAAGAAAGAAGAGAAAAAGGAUAAAGAAGGCAAAAAAAGUAGAGGGACAUCAGGAAAGGAGAAAGCAGAUCAUUCAGGCAGCAGAAAGCUGAAAGCAAAAGAUGAGAAUCAAGUAUCUUCCAUUUCCGUGCAGGUCGUGAAAGGAGGAGUAGAGUCCAUCAAAGGAAGAUUUGAGAAGCAGAAGGUGAAAGAGGAAGCUGCAACUACAGUUGGGGCAGAACCUGUUCAGGAGCAUGUGGACUCUAUUUCACUUGAAACAUACCGGGAAAAGCUCUACAUUGAAGUUUACAGGCUGCUGGAUUCAAUGGUGAGCAAAAUGGUGUCUUUAUUUGAGGAUCUAAAGCAGUAACAUGCUCUGAAGUGGGAGUGA